UCAUAUGACUUGUCGGUACGAUCGUGACAGAGAAGAUGGCGGCCGAGAGAGAGCCUCCGCCGUUUGGAGACGGGGAUCUAGAGGAAGAGGAUGCCGAGUUCAGAGAGGUGGAGGGCAGCGAGGAUCUCUUCGUCAGCACCACCAGCACCUUGGAGUCUAGUCCUUCUUCACCUGAUCCUGCUAGUCUUCCAACUGAAGAUAUAAGUGUGAAGUCAAAUGGUCCCAAAUCUGAUGCUUUACUAGAUGAUGACCAUGAAGACCUGUUUGCUGAGGCCACAGAAGAGGUUUCACUUGACAGUCCUGAAAAGGAUUACCUGCUUUCUCCAGAACCAACUCCUGCUAUUACCCCUGUAUCUCCGACACUCAUUGAACCACGAGCUGAACUAAAAAUGCCUAAUCCAAAGAUGUUCGAAAGAUCCAAGGAGGAGCUUGAGGAAGAGGCAAAUGGAGAUGUGUUUGACAUUCAAGUGUCAGUUUCUGACCCUGAAAAAGUUGGUGAUGGUAUGAAUGCCUACAUGGCUUACAGUGUAUCAACUAAGACUACUUUAUCCAUGUUCAGCAGCAAAGAAUUUACAGUCAAAAGGAGAUUUAGUGACUUUCUGGGUCUGCAUAGCAAAUUAGCUUCAAAGUAUAUGCAUGUGGGCUACAUUGUACCUCCUGCACCAGAAAAGAGCCUUGUAGGUAUGACCAAAGUCAAAGUUGGAAAAGAAGAUCCAUCAUCAGCUGAUUUUGUGGAAAAGAGGAGGGCAUCAUUGGAAAGGUAUCUACAACGCACAAUAAAGCAUCCAACCCUGUUGCAAGAUCCUGACUUGCGGCACUUCUUGGAAAGUAGUGAGCUGCCUCGUGCGGUUAACACCCAGGCUCUAAGCGGUGCAGGCAUACUGAGGAUGGUGAACAAGGCUGCUGAUGCUGUCAACAAAAUGACAAUCAAGAUGAAUGAAUCGGAUGCAUGGUUUGAGGAAAAGCAGCAGCAAUUUGAAAAUCUCGACCAGCAGUUAAGAAAACUACAAAACAGUGUUGAUCUCCUGGUCUGCCACAGAAAAGAACUCUCAGUCAACACAGCUGCUUUUGCCAAGAGUGCAGCCAUGCUGGGUAACUCGGAAGAUCACACUGCUCUGUCACGAGCCCUAUCACAGCUAGCUGAAGUUGAGGAGAAAAUAGACCAGCUUCACCAAGAACAAGCAAAUGCUGACUUCUACUUAUUUGCAGAGCUUCUAAGUGAUUAUGUUCGACUCAUCUCUUCUGUAAAGGGUGUGUUUGAUUAUCGAAUGAAGUGCUGGCAGAAAUGGCAAGAUGCACAGGCCACUCUGCAAAAGAAAAGGGAAGCUGAUGCUAAACUUCAGUAUGCGAAUAAACCUGACAAAUUACAGCAAGCGAAAGAAGAGAUAAGAGAAUGGGAGGCAAGAGUUCAACAAGGGGAAAGGGAUUUUGAACAAAUCUCAAAAACUAUCCGCAAGGAAGUGGGCAGAUUUGAGAAAGAAAGGGUAAAGGAUUUCAAAUCUGUUAUAAUCAAGUACCUUGAAUCUUUAGUGCACACGCAGCAACAAUUAAUUAAAUACUGGGAGGCAUUCCUGCCAGAAGCCAAAGCAAUAGCAUGAAAUUCCAAUGAGAUGAAGUGUGGCCUGUCUCUUGUUUACAACUAGUUCCGUACUAGGCACUGACCACAGAAUUCCAAUAUAACCACUACAUAUAUUUUAAAUUGUAAUACUGCAUUGCAGGAGUGGUUUAAUAAAUUUCUCGCAUUUUGUCAACCAACUGCAUGGCCUAAUCCAGUCAGAAUGAACUGGGUUGUGGAAUGAAAUUCUGCAGUAGUUGCUGAAUUGAACACCACUGUGCAGCUUAAGUUUUUUGCGGUGAAGUGCAUUGUCAGUGCUGGAACUGAGAUUUUACUGUAAUGACACUUGUUUCAUUGAGAGAUCUAUUACUGAAUUUUCAUAUAACUAAUUGUAAAUUGUGAAACAAAUUCAACAUUCCUGUAUAGAAAUCAUGAAUUUUGAUCUUUGUUACUAUAAUAAAGAGAUAUACUUCA